AUGUCAAUGUGUCAGGAAGCAUCAACGGACAACAUGAUGGAAUGCCAUAUCCCAACACCGAAUCUGACAAACUCCCCAGGAUCACCGGGUUCCCUGGACCUUGAUCUAGAUUGCUCCUUUGAGGAGUUCGAAAGAUACCUUCCAUUAUCCAAUCUCCCCACACCGCCACCAUCGGAUCCAUCGUCUCCGACAAUGCUUGUUGAGGUGGAUUUUGAGGAGGAAUUGAAUCCAGAGCUUUUCGGUCCCGCGACAUAUCUGUGUAGCAUGAUACCUCGAAACGCCUCGCGCGAAGCACCGUCGGCAUAUCUACUUCAGUCGAUCCUGCAACGAGCAAAUAUUAGCUUGGAGACCGUCGGACUGGGAAGCUGCAUCUUGGAUUGCUUAUCGUCGCGCUUUGUGCGCCGGUGGAGGGAAGAAUGGUGCGCAGAGACAGGAUCAGUCGAAGGGUGCGAGGUUAUAGCAGUAGCAGCCCUAUCAAUUGCAUUGAAGUUCUUAGAAGACACGUCCUUCUCUGUGAGGAUGUGGGCUAGGGACAUUGCAGGCGAUCUAUUCUCGUCGCGUCUUCUGAAUAAGACUGAAAUGCUGAUCCUUGACGAUAUAAACUUCUCUGUCGCCUCGAUCUGUACUACGGAACUCAUCGAGUAUUCCUUAGCCGAGAUGAGGAGAUGCGCACAGGCCGCUCCGCAGGUUCGGAAGUCAAAAGUUAAUUCCCCGCCUUCCAAAAGCCUUGCGAGGACUACCUUCCCACGUCUGUCCCAGGCUCUGGAACCGGUAAUCGGUGACGAUAUCUUCGAGCCGUUGCAUGAAAUGGAAGGCCUCGCCAUCAGAAAUUUCUCCACGCCCAGUGAAUCCACCAUUCCCGAAAAAACGCUUACACAGGAAACCGAAACUUCUACAGAUAAAAUUGAGAACCAGUAUUCGGGUUUUCGGAUACGGAAGGUGGCCCUUACUACAAACGAUGGCAACAGACGAGCGGUUCGAGAACGGUACACUGGAAAUAGACCGAUGGUUUUUCGGUCCCCAGAACUCACCGGGAUCGACAAAGUGGCGGAUCUGGGAAGACGAAGCAUGUACCCUGGGGUCUUUAAAGCAGCAGAGGAAUUGGUGCGAGGGGGAUAUGUACCGGAUACAAAGCUCUAUGCUGUCUUAAUUGAGGCUUGUGGGAAUUUCCAAGGAUGCUUAUUACAGCCUCUAGCGUUCCGGCUUUUCGAAGAGAUGAAAGCGAGAGGGCUACAAGUGAACUCGGAGAUCUACCAUUCUCUCCUGAAGCUCCUGGCCAAAUCACCAGACUACCUCAAGCGGUCAGAAGUCCUAAGUGAGAUGAAACAAGGAUGGUACGAAGUGACAGAGGGCGGCUGGGAAGACGUAAUUGCAGGAUAUAUCUUGGGUGGGCAAUUGGAGAUGGCGCUGGAGAUUCUUGAUAGGCGGCGGAGGGAUGGUCGGACUCUACAUCGGAAUAUUUACAAAGACGUAAUCACGGGUCUUUGUAAAGUUGGAGAGGUUGACGAAGCAUUGCGCUUGCUCCGAGAACUGGAAGCAGAAAUCUCUUGGGUUACGCCCCCGGCAUUAGCAUACACUCUUCUGGUAGCUGCUACAAACCAGCUUCAUCUAGAAGCCACUUUGAUCUGCUGGAGGAUGAUUAUUGACAAAGAAAUGUUCAACCCCGAUGAUGGGCUUUGUUUAUCCACACUCAAUGUUGCAGCUAGACAUGGCCAGCCCCAAUUGGCGUCAGACGUUUUUAGGGUUCUCUGGAACCGCAGCUUCAAGUAUGAGGAACAUCAUUAUGCUGCUCUUUUGGAAUCAUAUGCUGUUGCUGGCGACCUAACGGCUGCAUUAUCGAUUCUGCCUCUUAUGCGCCAGGCAGGUGUUCCGCCAGCUGAGAAUACGACCCAGCCAAUCACAAAACGCCUUUGCGACGACGCUUCUAUCCAAGAAGGCUUUAAGCUCUUAAAAGAAAUGAAAAAAUCCGGUAAGGAUGUUGACCUCGCAGCGAUCCAUGCUCUGAUAGCUGCACACAUCGUCCGUCGCGAUAUCGACGCGGCGUUUGAAGUAUACAAAGAAUUGCCCGAGUUCGAUCUGCGGCCCGAUAUAAACACAUUCAAUCUCCUCUUGAAGAUUGCCGCGAAAGAGGCCAGGAAGGACUUCGCAAUUAACCUCGUUGGUGAGAUGAAGGAGAUGAGGAUUGAACCAGACGUGGAAACCUAUGAGCACCUUUUCUAUGUGUCUCUGGCACAGGACAACUACGAGGAUGCGUUCAUCUAUUUAGAAGAACUGAAAGCAAAAUGGAGACACGUACGACCGAGUUUGUACAAAGCCCUGGCUACCAAGUGCUACUUGAUGAGGGAUAAUAGUAGGUAUCACGUGGCACUGCGAGAGCUGCGAACAAUGGGUAUAAAACCAGGGCGCUUUGUGAAGAGCUUGAGGGAAGCUCACGGUAAACCGUCGAACUAA